AGCCAGUUAAGGACUUUUUUUUUCUUUGCAAAGUGUUUUUUUUUCCCUCUUCCUCCAUCCAUCCCCUUUGUGUUCCAGCAGCAGAGAGUCCAGCCUGGUGCAGAUGGAGCGCUUGUAGAGGCGGACAGGGAGUGAGCAGCAGUGAGGGAGAGAAGUGGAGGAAGCCAUGCAGAAAGUGAGGAGCACCAGAGGAACAUCUCACUGAUCUGCCGUUGACUUUCCUGCAGGGUGCCGCCAGGACCAGACAGCAGGCGUAGAAGCUCAGCUGAAGGAAAAAAGGGGAGGAGGGUCAAGGUUGUGGAGGUUUGAGCAGAGGAUGCUGAGAGGGACCCAGUGAAACAGCGGAACAAGCGGCUCGAGACCUCACGUGGAGACAGCGACUGGAGAAAGAGCUCAGCAAGGAACACAGAGCAGAGAAGGAUGGCCAACUCGGGUCUCCAGCUGUUGGGCUACUUCUUGGCGUUGGGCGGCUGGAUCGGCAUCAUCUCCACCACCGCGCUGCCUCAGUGGAAACAGUCGUCCUACGCCGGCGACGCCAUCAUCACCGCCGUGGGUCUGUACGAGGGCCUGUGGAUGAGCUGCGCCUCUCAGAGCACGGGGCAGGUGCAGUGCAAGAUCUUCGACUCCAUGCUCUCGCUGGACAUCCACAUCCAGACCUGCCGCGCUCUCAUGGUCAUAUCAGUGCUGCUGGGCUUCAUCGGCAUCAUCGUCAGCGUUGUGGGCAUGAAGUGCACCAAAGUGGGCGACAACAACCCGACCACCAAGACCCGCAUCGCGGUGACGGGAGGGGCCCUCUUCCUCCUGGCAGGUCUGUGCACGCUGGUGUCCGUCUCCUGGUACGCCACCCAGGUGUCCUACCAGUUCUUCAACCCAAACACGCCUCCCAAUGCCCGGUAUGAGUUUGGCUCCGCCCUCUUCGUGGGCUGGGCCGCGGCCAGCCUGACCGUCCUGGGCGGCUCCUUGCUCUGCUGCUCCUGCUCCAAAGACGAGAUGAGAGGGCAGCAGUACUACCGCCAAUCACAGCCCUCCACAUCCAGGGAGGCAGAGUUGUUGAGCGAAACUAGUUUCCAUGACUGAUCAUCUUUAACACACGAGACCCGCCCACCUGUCUGCCCGCCAUUUUCUUCUCGCCAGUCUAUUUCCUCUCUUCUUCUUCUUCUUCUUCUGUCUCCCUUCCACGGGCUGUAAACACACUCUGCCAAAAUCCAAUCACCAGUUGGGAAGAGAACUACCAACAUGUGUCGACACACACAUAUAUAGAUAUAGAUAUAGAUAUGUUCACAGCAGACUUCAAUGUAACUGUGUUUUUUCAAGUUCAUUACUGUUGACUGAAACUGUGUUUUUUUUUCCUCUUGAAUUUCAGAGCAAAUGUUAAAAGUUCCCCACCAGAGAAAAGGGAGCAGUACUUGUAGUUUGGGAGUCUUCUGGCCUUAACCAUGGUGAAGAUUCUGUCAGCAAACAUACUUAUUCCAAACUAAGUUGUGAACGCAGGCAACUGUUGACUGAGCUUGUGGGGCUUUAAAAACAAGGUUGUGUUGGUGGUGAGUUCCAUUCAGGGUUUGUGUUGAGUAACUCGAGUGUGUAAACCAGCAGCUGCAUGUGUAAUGUUCUCCUGCUUCGUAACCUCCUGGAGUCACAUCUGUGUCACGUCGACAUCCGUUGGCAUGAAAUGUGGUUUUGAGACGCCGGUAUGAUUUCACUCUGUCUGUGUACGUGUGUGUGUGUGUGUGUGUUGUCUGCUGUUCUGUACUAAGAAACACACCUGGUGAGUGUCAAACGCCUAUUGACCACCGGGUUUCCAGUCGCUAACCUGUCCAUGUGAUGCCGCCUCUUUCUUUUAGAAUAAAGUAAGAAUAGAAACCUGGGCUCCGGUUGUUGGUGUUCACUCCUGUGAUGACUGAAUCUUUAAAAUUCAUUUUCAAAAAAUAUAGUUUUUGAAAAUUUGGGAUGAAUUCAUCUCACUGAAUCACAGUUGAAUGGUAUCAGAAUAUUUGCCACAUUUUUCAGUGUGAAUGAAUGUGGUACAUGACUGAAUCCAAUGAUGGAGCCACACAGACAUUUAAACAGCAGAAUAUUGUUGAUUCUGCAUCAGUUUGACAACAGCACAAUAAAUCACCAUGGUGGCUCUAUUCAAGUCUUUAUAUCACCUGAGUUCAACUGACGCUCUUUUAGUGUCUGGAGAAUAUUUGUAUCAGAAUCUCAAGUCCAUCCAGAGUGGUGGAAACCCUGGACAUUGUGGAGUGAAAAACCUCCCUGAAGCAAAUUUAAAUUAAAUUAAAUUAUUAAUGUUAAUAAUGUUGUCAUUAAUUAAUCGUAAUUAACGUGUUAAAGUCCCACCGCUAGUUUAAAUGAAAUGCAAUGAUGAAAGCCUCAGUCAUCUGUACGGCAUCGGUCCGCUGUGAUCACUGACUUUCAGCUGUGAACCACUCGGUGCCCGUGAGGUGAAAGAUUCUGUUCGACACCUGAAGGAACAGAAGCAGGUGCUGCGACAUCCCUCCGCCAUAUUUGCUGCGUAUGACACAAAAUGCACCUCCUACAUUUGGUUGGUGUUGUGAGUGUUUUGCCACAGGUGAAGAAAAGGGCUAAAAAUAGGUGAAAGGAAAGUUGAGAGCCUGUUUCCUGAGGAGCUGCCUGAGAGUGUCACGCUGUCAAAGAAAGAGAAAGUGCGAGGUCUGCACCCUGUUGCUCGGUAAUUGCAAGGAAGGAAUUCCUCUUCUGCUCCGCCAGGUUUGGCUUCCACAAGCAGACUGCAGUUUCAGAGGCGAACAGAAGCCUUUCCUAGUCGUGUCACCAUCGAGAGCCGGGAUCCAAACCCGCUGUCCUGGAUGAUGGGUCCCAAACGAGCCGGAGCCGUUCAGCAGGAGUGAUCUGUGCGACAGCGUCAGGUGGGGUGGGUCCACAGAUAUGUGAAGUCUCACACACACUGGGUGUCACGGUCUGUGGAGGGGCCUGGCUCUCACAGAAGCUGCUCCAGCAACUCUAGCUUUGGCCUCGGAAGAGCAUCCACCCAAACACCAGUGCAGAAAACCCUCACAGACAGGUGGCGUCCUCAUCUCUCUGGACGCCCCUCAAGUUCCUCGCCAUGUUGUGGUGUGCACUUCCGAAACAUGGAGUCCUCUGGAUGUGCAGCUUGAGUCUGGAUUCAACGUUGUCUUUUAAAUUAAUGAACGAUUAUGAGUCUUUUAUAUAUUCAAGUUUCUUAUUUUUGAACUUCUUGAGGCAAUGAAUGAGUGUCAGAGGUCAGAUAUUUUGGGCCGUUGCUUCUGUUGCAGGGAUGGAAGCAGGUUGAGAGACAGGGCUCCUGCGGGAAGCUCGGGAGCCUGCGGUCGGUUUGAAUUUGUCAGAUAUCAAUGUCGUCCAGGUGUCAGAGCAAAGCCAGAGCACGCUCCGAAGCCUGGCCGAGGUGUGUGGCUGCGGAGCGACGGUCCAGCAGAAGCGGAUGGAAACAAGCCGGGGAUUGUGUGACACUCGGUGGAGUAAAGCCUCAACUGCAUUUCUCUUGGUUGAGCCAUUCACGCCCCGCGUGUGUGUCUGUGUGUGUGUGUAUAUGAACUAAUGUAUAUAAACUAAAUAAUAUAUAUAUAUAUAUAUAUAUAUAUAUAUAUAUAUAUGUA